CCACCAAGAAUGCCAUGGUAGUGGCCACCACCAAGAAUGCUGCAGUGGUGGCCACUGCCAGCACCUCUGUGGCCUCCAGGAACACACUGGCAACCACCAAGAACACCUCAGUGGUAGUCAAGACCACCAAGAAUACCACCAAGAAUACCUCAGUGGUGACCGUGGCCACCAAGAACACCUCGCCAGCUACCAAGAACACCUCGCCAGCCACCAAGAAUGCCAUGGUGGUGGUGGCAACUACCAAGGAGGCCUCGAGAGCCACCAAGAACACCUCAGUGGUGGUGACCAACAAUGCCACGGUGCUGGCUGUCACCAACAAUGCCUCUCUGGUGGCCACCAACACCUCCAUGGAGGGAGCAGAGGAGACAAGGCAAACCUGCCAGAGCUUUCAGUGCUCCGGAGAGAGGUGCUACCAGGAUGGAGCCCAUGCCAACGGAACAGCCACCUGCCACAAUGAGACUCACUGCGAGCUUUAUCGUUUCUCCAGCACGAACUACAGCGCGGGAUGCAGCAGCGGCUGCAGCGCGGAGCCGUGCAGCGCCAAGGGCAGCAGGCAGCAGCAGUGUGCCCUGGAGUGCUGUGCUGGCCCUCUCUGCCUGCAGCUCAACGCCACUGCCUACGGUGACCUGCCACCCACCACCACCACCGCCGUGCUGACAACCACCGCCACCAGCCCUCGGCCUCCCCCCCAGAACGGCAAAGUGUGUGCAGCAUUUUCCUGUCACGGGGACCAGUGUUUCAAAGGCAGGAAGACCAUCACUAGAUGCAUUUUGGGACAGGACUUCUGUGAGAUGAAGAAGAUGGGCUUGAAUUACGUGUCAGGAUGUAGCAAAGCCUGCAAGGCUGCCAAACCAGUCUGUGCUGGUGGGAUGAAGGCUGCCUGUUACCAGGAGUGCUGCCCAGCCACCCCAAAAGGCAGCUGUCUGAAACUGGAUGGCAAAGUUCACAUCAAUAGCGCUGGGCAGGUGACACUGGCCCCACUCUUGAAGGUCAUGGCAUGUGGGGUGGUCCUUCUCCUGAAUUACAGGGUCUCCACUUCCCUCUGGGGGUAGGUGGCUCUGCAGCCUCUCCUGUAGGAUCAGUAGGAUCCCUCUGCUCUCUGACUUCAGCCAAGCUUGCUAGCAAACACGCUCUGUGCUGUCCCUGUCCCAUCAACAAGGUGUCUGGGGCCCUCUGCAUCUGCUCAUGGGCAGCUGCACGUCCUUGGGGGUCACUUUGCUUGCCCUGCAUAGGACCCUGCUGUUGAUCCUAAACCCCCCCUUAAGCUGCACUCUGAACCCUGCACCUUCCCAGGAUGGGCGAGUCCUGGCAUUUCAGUAAAGUUUAAGUACUUGAAAACAAGAUUCCCCUUUUUUUUCCCAGAGGAAAAGCACUUAAUCUGUGCAUGUAGAAAGCUACAUCAAGGGAUUCCACCCUACCCUGCCCAAAUCCUGCAGGUCUGAGAGACCCGCAAGGGAAUUGUGGAUACUGGGAGUGGUGCAGUGUGUGCCUCUGCUGCUGGAAUGGGUUCCCUCAGGAACAAGAGGGUAUUAUGCCUCCUUAAAACACAAACCCCAAAAAAUUCUGUAUGGACUGAGGCACAGGGGCUGCUCUAAUCAAUGAUCUGCUUGUGGCACAGUCUCCCUGCUCUCCCUCUGACCUGUUAGCUCCUAAGUGCUCUGGCAAUGAAAUGCUUCUUACCCAUGUAGGUAAAAUAGUAACUUCAUGUUUCGUCUCCCAGCCUUGGGCAGGGAAAUGGGAUUAAUCUAAAAGCAUCUCAUGUUUUAGGUGAUUCUGUUUCGCAUCUGUGGUUCUCUACUGCUGAAGGCAGAGCCCAGAGGUGAGCACACAGCACUGGUGGAGCUGGCCAGGCAGAAUUACCUGGGAUCAAAAUGCUGCCAGUCGAACACACAUGCACGCUGCUGUUCCUUGCCACCACUGUCCUCUGCUGCCACCGGUUCCUUAGAGAAAAGAUUGCAAACUAUUAAAAUCUUUGUGUGCUGGU